UAGAAUGGAAUAGAGAGAUGAGGAUACUGGAGACACUUGAGCUAAACUGGCGGGGAUGGGAUGACAUUAAAAUGUCCUCAUAUGUGUCUUCCAUGUCGUCAUUUUUACAAUAUACUGUCCUCUAUAUAUUACAAAUAUAAUUAUAUGUUAAUUACUCCAUCUUAUUUUAAUGUCCUCAUAUAGCUAGGCUUAAUUAGCUACCAGCUGCCAAGCUAGCUGGCCAUGGCGUCUGCCACCCUGCUGGAGCAGUUGCCGGAGGAUUGUAUCGUUCAAAUCCUCUCCGGUGUACCACCCCGCCUGGCUUCCCGGUUGUCGUUGGUCUCGACGGCUUUACGCACCGCCGCUGAGUCAGAGCAGCUGUGGGAGACUUUUCUGCCAUCUGAUUAUCCAGAGAUUUUAAGCAGAUUAGUGUUUCCCAUAAGAUUCAUGUCCAAGAAAGAGUUGUUUGUCAAGCUUUUCAGCCCUCUUCUCAUAGAUGGAGGCCAUAAGACGUUUUGCAUUGAUAAGGAAAGCAGCAAGAAGUGUUACACCUUUAGUGCAAGUGAACUUUCAAUUGCAUUUUCUGGCAAUUCCCUCUAUUGGAGCUGGAAACCCCUCCUGGGCUCUAGGUUCCCCAAAAUUGUUGAGCUUGUAAUGAUAUGUUGGCUAGAAAUCAAAGCAAACAUAAGCACAAGAAUGUUGUCCUCUAAUACAAUAUAUGGAGCCUAUUUCAUUUUCAAGCUUGCUGGUCGUGCAUUUGGAUUGGACUCUCUUCCAUCCGAGAUUUCAGUCAAGUUUGGGAAUUUCCAAUCCCAUAGAGUCGUUUAUUUGCGGAAGAAUUCCUACACCAAACAAGCCAUGGAAAGAGCUUUCAUGUUACAUAGAGUGGAGGCUUUGAAGUCUAGGCUUCACCCUUUAGGACCAGAGAGUGUGGUUCAUGAGCGUGGUGAUGGAUGGUUGGAGAUUGAGUUGGGAGAGUUUUACAAUGACUGUGACAGUGGCAAAGAGGUUGAGGUGAGCCUAAGAGAGGUUAAGGGUGGGCAUUUGAAAGGAGGGCUCAUUGUUGAGGGUAUUGAGCUUAGACCCAAGUAGGAAUAUAUAUUUAGGAAUUAUUUCAAUUUAAGUCAUUUAAUUUUCUAUUUCUAUGAAUUGAAGGAAAAAGAAUAGAUGGAUAGAUGCAUUGUUGUUUUCUUGAGUUUGAAUACGUCUAUGUUUGUACAAGCAUGUGCAAUGGAGGAAUGAUCAGUUGUUUUUUAUUUUCAAUAUUUAAAUACUUUAUAAAAUACUAGUACAUGUUAAU